AAGAAGACCAUGGCUGAAGACAUCCCUGCAGAAAGCUUCCAGGAUGAAGCCUCCUGCUCCAUCUGCCUGGGCUUCUUCCAAGACCCCGUCUCCAUCCACUGCGGCCACAAUUUCUGCCGGGCGUGCAUCACCCGCUGCUGGGAGGAAGAGGAGGCGAAUUUCACCUGCCCGCGGUGCAAAGAGACGGCCCCGCAGAGAAACCUGAGACCCAACCGGGAGCUGGCGAAAAUCAUCGAGAUAGCCAAGAGGCUGAGCCUGCAGGCAGCCAAAGGAGGGGCAGGGGGGGAGAGGCUGUGCGAGAAGCACCAGGAGGCUCUGAAACUCUUCUGCGAGGAGGACCAGACCCCCAUCUGCCUGGUCUGCAGGGAGUCCCAGGCGCAUCGCGCCCACCCCGUGGUCCCCAUCGAGGAGGCUGCAGAGGAGCACAAGGAGAAAUUCCAGGCUCAUGUGCAGAUCCUGAAGGACAGGAGGGAAAAGCUGCUGGGGCUGAAAAUGGCUGAGGAGGGGAGAAGCCUGAAUUUCCUCGAAAGGGUAGAAGCGGAGAGGCGGAAGGUCGUGGCCGAAAUCAAGGAGCUGCACCAGUUCGUGGAGCGACAGGAGCAGCUCCUCUUGGGCCAGCUAGCAAAGCUGGACCACGAGAUCGUGACGAGGCAGGAGGAGAACAUCGCCAAGCUCUUGGAGGAGAUCUCCUCCGUGGGCGAGCAGAUCCGUGAGCUGGAAGAGCGGUGUCAGCAGCCAGCGUACGAACUCCUGCAGGACAGCAGGAACAUCCUGAGCAGGCUUGAGAGAGAGAGCGCCCAGAAGCCCCUGGAGGCAUCGCCUGAGCUGGCUGAGACACCCACCAGUCUUCCCCAGAAGAACAUUGCCCUCAAGGAGAUGCUGAUGAAAUUUCAAGUAAGCCUGACACUGGAUCCAGAGACGGCGCAUCCCCGGCUGGUCCUGUCCGAGGAUCGCAAACGCGUGAGAUGGGAAGACACCCGCCAGCCUGUGCCCGAUAACCCCAAACGCUUUGAUUCGUCCCGCUGCGUGCUGGGCUGCGAGGGUUUCAGCACGGGCAGGCACUACUGGGAGGUGGAGGUGGCUGACGGGGAAGCCUGGGCCGUUGGGGUGGCCAAGGAGUCGGUGAGGAGGAAGGGACGGAUCAGCGUCAACCCCGAAGUGGGCAUCUGGGCGGUGGGGCAAUGUGGGAGCCAGUACCAGGCUCUCACCUCUCCUACCAGCCCCAUCUCCCUGCUCACUGCUCCCAGGGUGAUUGGGAUUUACCUGGACUACGAGGCAGGGCGCGUGGCGUUUUUCGACUCCCACAACCAGGCGCCCAUCUUCACCUACCCGCCGACGUCCUUUGCAGGGGAGCAAAUCCUCCCUCUGCUCUGCCUGGGGAGGGGAUGCCAGUUCACCCUGUCCCCCUGACCCUCCCCACGCCUCAAGUCUCACUCACCCAAAUCUGGAGACACUGUGGGGUCUCAUCACUCCAAAGAUGGCUUUUGGGGGCAUGAAGAAAACCUCUCUCCUGGAGAAGAGCGACAGAGCUGAGCCAAAUCUCCAACCGAUCGUGCAUCCCUGCUGUUUGCUGCACCCUGCACCUGCACUUUUCAUCCCGCUGAGCGUCGUGACUGAGCAUAGACGCCGUGGACCAACAUGCAAAAGCCUUUAGGACUUCCUGACUGCUUCACCUUUUCCUACCUUUCUUCCCAGAAGAAGGCAACAAGCUAAUCAAUGGGCGAGACAACCUAAUCAAUGCACAACGCUGGCAAGUUCUACGCCAUGUCAUUUCCACAGAGCUCAACAAGUGUUUGCCGGAGUCCUCCAAGUACACAGCAGCCGACAUUGCCUAGGUGGCGUGCAAAGGCAUCUGUCCAUGCGUAAAGGCAAGAGAAAGCAAUGGUGCCGAAGCAGAGCUGGCUUCAGCCUGUCGUUGAGCAACAGGCGUGGGCUGAGGUGCUGCCUACUGGCAAGGCGGGCGUGCAAGAAGGAAGGCGGAGGGUGUGGAGGGUGCUGGCGAAGCAUUUGUCAGCUUCCGUGGCACCGAGUGGCCUGAGUGGGUUGGGCUAGCCGAAGCAAUGGUGGAGCUGGGCGUUGGGUGGUGUGGGCAGCUUGCUUGGGCUCAGGCGCUGAAGGCGAGGCGUGCAAGUGGGAAGAAGCGAGCGGCUCGUGGGCAGCGUGCUCGGCGCCUUCUUUGUGGCCGGCGCUUGCUGGCCAGGCGGCUGGGGGCCGGGCGUGGACAAAAGCGCCAAGACAGCCCCGCCCCCCGACCUCCCCGGAUAGCCGAGGGGGGAAGAUUCGGCACGCUCAAUGCCGCGGCCCGGGUUCGAUUGCCGGCCGGGGAGGCUCGCUUUUGCCUCCCCCAACACCCGCUCCCCUUGCCCCAGCUCUCUCUCUCCUCACCCAAAAAACACACGCUUACGCAACUUCCCUCACCCUCGCCUUUUUCCUCGCGCCUCUUCCCAACCCACGCACGCUUCCCUUUUCAGCAACGCUCCACGCGCAACAAGCGCCCAGCUUGCACGACACUCACCUCUUGCGCUAAACAAAGCGCCCCUCAUAAAUGCCUACAAACAAACAAACUCCAAGGAAGUGGACCAAAGCACGCCCUCACGGGCGCGGGGAACUCGGGCAGGUGCUGCACCUUUCCCGGUACUUAAGGGCAAUGUCUCUUCGGGGGAGUGGGCUGUGCUUGUGCCAAGCGCUGCAAGACCUGGCAGAAAUCGGAAACGCUUGCAAGAAUACUUGCAAGUUGCUUUUUUCCAAAACAAUGGAAGACAGAAUAACAGAAAAGAAAAAUAAAA